CUGUGUGCGUUCUCACGUGAACAACUUGUAUUUCCCAGAAUCGCAGGAGCGCUUUCCAAUUGUGAACCUGCAAACCCGGGGGGCUGCGGGGACUCAUGUUUUGUUUCUUCUGCCCUGCCUUGGCUUUUUCAGUUCAAAAAAUCAGGGAUAACGACUGUGACAAAUCCCUCGCAGCGGACAGGGCACCUAGUUGGAGCGAUAUUCCCGGCGAAUCGAAUCAAUCGCCAUGACUGGAAGAGAUGGCGUGAGCCCUCCGGCCGACAGGUACCAUGGCUUGUUUAACCAGGGAGCAACGUGUUACUUGAACAGCGUGCUGCAGGUGCUGUUCAUGACCAAGGACUUCAGAGAGGCUGUGGAAAGGUUGCCUUGCGCAGAUCGUGACACCGAGCGCCUCGACCCUCAUCUUAAAGCCUUGUUUGUUGCCUUAAAGAGAGGCACGGCAAACACCGUUAGGAUCACAAAGACGCUGGGCAUCAAAAGAGUGUGGGAACAACGUGACGCCGCCGAGUACUUUGAGAAGAUUUUAAGCCGCACCAGUCCUGAGGCUUCACAGAUAUUUCAAGGACUGUUGACACACAAGGACACAUGCUCCACAUGUGGCACAGAAACGAAAACUGAUGGGCCAUUUUGGAAUCUGCCUAUUGCAUUGGCGGAUUCGGACAACCAGGACUACUAUUGUGUGAUGGAUGGGAUUGAAAAGUUUUUCAGAGCCUCGGACGCCAGCGGAGAUAACCAGUUGUACUGUGACCACUGUGACGCCAAAGCUGAUGUUACCAAUAAAUUUGAAAUAAAACGUCAUCCAGACGUGUUGAUGUUGCUGUUGAAGAGAUUCACGUUUGACUAUCGUCUCAUGAGACACGUGAAAACCAAAUGCAAUGUGAAGGUUCCCUACACCCUGCGGAUACCAGAGAAUCAGACAUAUGAACUGUACGCAUUUGUGGAGCAUUUCGGAAGUCUGAAAGGUGGACAUUACACUGCUACAGUCAAGUCCCAGGAUGAAAAUGAUGAGAUGUGGUACAACUUCAAUGACACCUGCGUCACAUCGCUUGAUCAGCAGCCAUUCCAGGCGCAUAAUGAUGAGAAGUCCCAAUAUGCGUAUCUUCUUUUCUACAGGAAAACAACAAUGCCUGCUGCAGAGACUUCGACCGAUGACACCAGUGAGGUGUCCACUCCUGAACAUGAACAUCAGCAGGACAAACAGGAACAUUAUGGCCUUAAACGCAAGAUGGAGGAGAAGAAGGUGGUGAUAGGUGAUGAGGAAGAAGAGGACAGAACUGGAGCUGAUGAAAGGGAGAAGGAAGCAGGGAGUGCAGAGCUCUUGACCUCUGCCUAUCAUGAGUGUCAGGACAGUAGAAAAGUUGUUGCGGAGGAACAGAGUUCAGGACGAGUUCAAGGCCUUGAAUUUAGCUGUGUAGAGAAUAAGGAAGAUGAGGAGACAGUGAAAGUGAAAGUUAAGAAAGAUGAGGGAUGCCAUCAGGACAAUAAAAGAGAUGGUGUGAUUCAACAAAGCAAACCAAAUGAUCGGUGCGAAAAGAAAAUCAGUGACAAGUUUUAUGCUGGACAGGUUUAUGUGGAAAAAGAGGGAGAGGAGAACAGUGAUGUUAAGAGAGUUGAUGAACAUACACUAAGGAGAGGAACAUCAGAAAGACAUGGUGGUGAAGGUGUAGAGGAUCAGGACAAUGGACAAUUAAAUGCUGGUCAAAAUAGACUACAGGAGGGUCUGGAACAGGAAAUCUUACAUCAAGAUGUCGGUGUGGAGAGACAGAUCACAGAGGAGAAAAAGACAGGAGAUAAUGAACAUGACAGACAGGAGUCUUUUGUUAGACGACGAUCGGCAGAAAGCAGAGAACCGAAUGAUCAGCAUCAAAUGCUGGGGGAAACUAAAGUAGAUGCGAGAUCUGGAUUGUGUAGUGUUAAGGAGCAAAUGAUGGGAGGUGUCAGCCGUUCAGAGAGGGAAGUUCAGAUGCCUGGCAGUGCUAUUCAACAUAAUAUCAAGACAGAGACGACACCAGAAGCAGCAGCAGAAACCUCAGGAGGAAGCUUGACCAGGCAGUUGAGGGAUGAUGAAGUAAAUGCUAAAGGAGAAUGUGACCCAAAGGCAGACGAUUCAUCUUCUUCAGAGCCACAGCAACACGGUAACGAAAAAUCCAGCGCAGGUGAAGAGAAGGAUGACGAGAGAAAGAGUUUACUUGAGUCAGAUGCUAAAAAAUAUGGCAAUAGUGUCACAAGUGCAAGGUGAACGUGAAAGAGGAAGAGGAUGUUUACGUAAGCUUUUUUCUUGUAUACCCUGCAAGACACAGGCAGACAAGGAUUAAAAGUCAGAAUGAGACAAACAGCAUACUUUCAGCAGGACAAUACAAACUGACAUUUUACAACACUGCAUGUCAUGUGGUAAUCCACCAAAUUCUUGUAUUUUUUUUUAGUUCUUAAUAAAGGCUAUACUUUGCAAAUUUGUACUGUACUUGUCAGAAAUCAGUCGGCAAUUUUGGCAGCGCUGUAAAAUCUUUUCCCUUUGAUUUUUGGUUCAUAGAAUGCAUUGUAUGUAUAUGCCAAGUGCCUGAGGACAUUGGAUUUCAAAUACACCGUACAUCUUAGUUAUAUUAUGUUUUUUUUUCCCCUUUUUGUAUGUUUUUCUUAUUUUUUACUUUACAGUUAUGCACUGUAGUAAACUGACUUAAUGUAACUGACCCAAUGUCAAAUGAAUCUUAGUUUGUAUAAUUUUGUCCUUGGUUUUGAAUUUGGACUUUGAGAUGAUUUGCCAUGAUUGUUCCAUAUCAAUUACCCUGCUACCACAUGUUAAACGACUGUUAUCAAAAAGCGGUGCGCGUCUGAGUUGUCGCACAAACAGCGUGCGGAAGAGCUGGUAAACAAAGUGCUGCCUUGACCAGACUCCAUUAUCAGGUGACCAACAAUUACAGGUUAACAACACCACAUUGGGAAUAUUAUCCGAAUUCACAAAUGUAUGUCGCUCAUGAGCGUCUCCUGAAAACAGCCCACCCAAUGAUACAGAAAAAAACCCCCCAAAAAAACAAAAACAAAUUUUGAUCAAGGCAACAUCUGAAAUCACGUUUGGAUGUUGGAGGUAGUUCUAGCCGAAUAUGCUCACCUAUUGAAUAUGGGGACAUAUUUAUCAAAAAUUAAUCUGUCUCUGUCUUGUGUUGUGUUGUGAAUGAACUUAACGACCCACAUCCCAUAUAAAAGGUUUUUCUGUGCCUGCAGAGCUGUGCUGCAUUCAGGGUAACAACAGCACGAAGCACCAGUUUACAUGUUUACCAGUGGGGGGGCAGUUUAGUGUUUCUUGUUCCACUUAAAUCGCAACUGCAAGGCAACUUGGUCAGUUUUCCCUACUGAGAUAACAGAAGCAUGUGUUUGUUUUGCCGCUUUGGUUUGGGAUUAAAUCGGCCCAGGACUUCGUUUAGCACUAGCACGCCCAGUUUUAUGUAUCCGUUGCAUCUGUUCCUCGUUCGCGCAUGAAAAUCUGACAACGUGACCGGACUAUGUAGCCCGGACCAAAUCCCCGACCCUCCUAUCCCGUCAAGUGCCGCGUUUCCGUGAAAGGCAGCAGUUUAGCGGAUGCGGCGUCAAGUGAAAAUGAAAGUCUUCCGACGUUCAUUUUGAAGACAUCCUGUCGUGCGUUCUGUGGUUUGUGCCGUGGGGUGAUAUUUUCGGCCAAGAAAAAAAAAAGCACACACACCAAAACAUGCUUUCAGUUCACAUCUCCAUUUCUUUGUUUUACUCCCAUAAUCUUUCCACACAAAAGAGCUCAUUAAAUCAAUAUGGCCUGCUACAGUAGCAAGGUUGAACCUCUCCAAGCGCAGCGAAAACCUGUUUUAUAGCUCCUGUCUGUGUGAUGUGAUUUUCACUUUCGGUUUCUGCCGCACAUUUACUGGAAUUCACAUGAUGUCUGGGCAGUCCUGUUGUUUUUCCAAUUUUCCAGUUUGUAUCUCAUCGUCUAAUUGGAUUUUCAAUGGCGCUGAAGUUAUAAACACUGCGUAAUGGUUGGUUUCAAGUGAGAUUAGUUUUUAUCAUUUUAAGAAUCUGUAUUAUAAUAAUACAAUCUUUUUGAAUUUGGAUUUUGAAAUUAUUUGCCAUUGGCUGUUACAUGUGAAGUGUUCCAUAUUAACUAUCAUGCUACUAUACUAUUAAAUACCAUAAAUUAACUGAUUUCUGAGGGAUUUAAAAAAGUGCUGUCUGAGUAGCUUUUUAUCAUCCGAACAGCACGUGGACAAGCUGGUAAGAAAGUACUUUUCUAAUCAGAUGCCAUACAGUAGCUGCUGGGAAUAUAUUGAUUAAGAUUGAACAGGUUAACAACAAUGUACACCCUACACAUUCUUUCCCUCCUGCAUGUGUUUUGUAACAAACAAAAGGUUACCUAGUGGCACACAAUAACCUUUGCUUUCAGUUUCCGUUGCAGUUGUUUGCUGUUGGUAUCAGAUGUGUAGCUAUGACACAUGAAUGUGAACAUUAAUGUACAUGAAAGUGUUAUGUAUUCUAUACUUACUUAUCAGCUGAGGGUAAGCACAUAUAUGUUUCCUUUUGUCCUGCAUUUGCA